AUGGUCUUCAUGACCCUCCCUAUGUAUAUCCAGCCCAUAUGGUUGUCUGAUAUCGACACCACUGCAAUCAACUUCACAGUACAUCCUGGUGUACCGGACAUCAAAUUCUAUCUCCAAGUUAAACGACCUAUCGAUAUCCAAAAUGCGAGAUAUGUUCUUGGGGUUCGCGUCUUCCAGAAAGUCUCCGCACUUGAGACGAUGCUGGAUUGGGUUGGGAUGGAUGGUUUGAUCAGAGAGAAGGUCUUGUUGAACUGGUAUCAGCGCAUUGCUCGAAUGCAAGCUGAGAUUGAGGCGGAGUAUCAUCCAAUGCCUGUUGCACUUGGGACGACCAAUGGUGUUGAGCUCGACAGCGACGAAUACGACGACGAACAAGACUGUGACCACGAGAUAGUUGACUAUGACCCUGACGACGUGGCCAGCAACGCCAAAAUCAAGGCAUUCGUCACAAACCAAAGCGUCCGAAAGGAGGCGCAAUGUAACCAGCACCAAAACAACAAUAAUAAUAUCAUCAAGCCCGCCACCAUGAUCUACAAUUUCUGGCCUUUACUCAACCUCAUGCUUAUCAGAGAUAUGAAUGCCCUCCGACUCAUGAUGAACCAGCAUUGCCCCCACGUGAACUGCGAGAUCAACUGGUAUUUCCUGCUCUGUAAUCCAUGCACCGAUCUCGCUGUCAUGAUCUACCUCUAUGCAAUGAGCGUGUGGCACUCGCGACCUGACCCCACCGACUGUUAUCUUAGCAUAUCUAUCGUCUGGUCGCUGGCAAUACAGUUUCGUGACAUCGUGCCGUGCGAGGAGCUUCUGACUAAACUAGAGAUGAGCCAAGAGACUGAGAAGAAAAAGGAGGAAAAGGAGGAAAAGGAGGAAUUGUUCGCGGAGCCUUAA